AGCACCCCUUCAUGCAGACUAUCAACAUACACGCUGUAGCAAUUGAAAUAAACACAAAUAGUAAAGGGAAACAUGGCAGAAAGGAUAACACGGGCCUCAGCAGCCAAGCUGGUGAAAAAUGCUUUUUUGGAAGCUCUGAAAUCAAAUGACUACAGAACUCUGGAGGAGUUUUUGAUACAAAAGCAAAUAGACGUGGAUACAGUGUUUGAAGUAGAAGAUGAGAACCUGUUAUUGGCAUCUUACAAACAAGGGUAUUGGCUGCCGAGUUAUAAACUGCAACAUUCUUGGGCAACUGGGCUACAUAUAUCAGUCCUGUAUGGGCAUCUGGAAAGCUUGAAGGUCCUGUUGAAGUACAAAGCAACAGUCAAUUGCAGACCCAAUGGGAAAGCAGCAAUCCACAUCGCAUGUGAACAAACCAAUCUGGAUUGUGUCAACAUACUCUGCAGCUACGGUGCAAAGCCGAACUGCUAUUCACUAAGUGGACUUGCACCUUUGCACUUCUGUUCUACAAAGCUCUCUAUGCCUUGUGCCCAGAAGUUGAUCUGGAAAGGUGCGGAUGUGAAUAUAAAAACAAACAACCAAGAUGAAGAAACUCCCCUCCACAUAGUUGCUCGCUUUGGCAUCCCUGAAAUGGUGGCAUUUUAUGUAGAGCAAGGGGCCACAAUUGAUUCUACUAAUGCCCACAGAGAAACACCAUUGGCUUACGCAGUCUACUGGGCCUGUAAUGUCAAGGAACAGACAUACAGCACAGAUCACCAUCUGAUCUGUAGGAUGUUGCUCGAUUAUAAAGCUGAAGUUAAUUCGCGGGACGAGGACUUCAGAACGCCACUCCAUAAGGCUGCCUGGAACUGUGAUUGUGUCCUGAUAGACAUGCUGCUGGAUGCGGGAGCAGAACCCAACCUGAUGGAUGACAAUGGCUGCGCACCUUUGCAGUAUGUUCUCAAAGUGACCCCAGUGCGGGCAAGCGCUCAGCAUGAAAUUUGUUACCAGUUACUUCUCAAUUAUGGAGCUGCCAGGAUAUAUCCUCCACAAUUCCAUAAGGUUCUGCAGAGCUGUCACUCCUAUCCCAAAGUGAUUGAGGUCAUUGUGAAUUCAUAUGAACACAUUAAAUCCACAUCAAAAUGGAGAGCAGCUGUGCCUGAUGAUGUCUUUGAGUUGUACAGGGAUUUCUACGAGUCUCUUUUUGAGGUGUGUGGAAAUACACCGAGAUCACUCAAGCAUUUAGCUAGAUGUGCUAUUCGCAGAACUAUGUUCAAUAGAUGCCACAAGAGAAUCCCUUUACUUCUCAUUCCAAUAAGUCUGAAGAAGUAUUUGCUUUUAGAACCAGAAGGAAUAAUAUAUUAAUGUUUGUCAGAGACAUUUUC